AUGCUUCCUCCCCGGGAACAGCCCCGUCCCCAUGGCGACCCACGCAGCCACCCCCACUAUUGGCCGCCCCACGCCAAAGCUCCGCCCCCUUCGCCCAGGCAACGCGCGAGACUGACAGACCUCCCCCUCCCUCCGGCCUUCCGAAGCGCGCGGUGGCGGCUAAGCCUCAGCGGCAGUCUCCUCCCUCCUUCCCUCCCUCCCCGACUCCCUCCCUCCCGCCUUCCCUCUCCGCUCUCCUCCCUCCACCCGCUCUCCUUCCCCCCUCCCCCCUCCGAACCCGGGCGCAAGGGGGGAAUUAGAAACUGCUCUAGAAGGAUUUUAAACAACUGGCUGUUCUCUCCGCCGCCACCCCUCCCCCCGCGCCGCCCGCGCUCAGCUCCUCACUGGAGAGAAGGCGCCGGGAGGAGGAGAAACUGUGGCCUGGAGUAUCCGGUCGGAGCCGCCGGAGCUGGAGCCGUGGCGGCCCCAGACUUCGGGGCGCCCGCCGAGUCUACAGACAGAGAGCCACGGCCCCAGCCGCCCUGGGGCCCCCACCAGCCCCUCUCCCGCUCCUCUCCUAUGCGUGACCCCGCCCCGGUACCCACGAUUGAUUUCUGCCGUCCUCAGCCCUACUCCCUGGGGUGUCGCCCCCGCCCUGUUCCCAGAGGGCCGGCUGGCGAGGGACACCCGCGCUGUUCCCUCGACCUUCUGGCUGAGCGACCGACAGCGACUCGCCUUCUCUCCUGGGGAAGGACUGCAACUCCGGCCCUCGGCGCCUCUGCGGUGGCGGCGCCCGGGGCCGCGCCCUGCGCCCCAGGGGAGCACCCGGCUUGGGGUCGGCCUCCUCUGUAAGAGCGAAGCUGAGCCAGUCAGCCUCUCUUAAUGAACUCUUGCUCAAAAUGCUCAAAUAUGUAUAAGGUUGCCACAGUUUACAGACUCAACUUCAAGGUUAGCAUUAUGUAAUUUGUUGUUCAAUUAUCUACUUCCAUUGGCCUUAACCCAGAAAAUUUUUAGUAUCUCAAGGCUCCAUCUCUUACAGAAUACUCCCUAUGAAGGUGCUGCUCAGAGAAUGCUGUCAGUUCUCAGAGAGCUCUGGCAGCUUCUCAGACACCCUCCUGCCUGCCCCUGGAAAAACUAACUAAGGAUGGGCUUUGUCCUACUAUCCAAAAACAAAGUAGGUAUUAUCCUUGCACUGGUGUUGGGACUCUCUUAACUAUGGUUCUCAAUCAUGGCACAUUAGAAUUGCCUUUAUUUUCAUUGUUGUUGGGUUUUGUUUGUUUGUUUAUGUACUAACUGGAUCAGAAACCUUGGGGAUGGAGCCAGGUACCUGCAUUUUUUUUUUAUAAGCUCCAAGUGGUUCUUGUGUAUAAGCAGGGCUGCCCGCCUUUGCUCUUCAGUAUCCAUUUAAAGACAGCCAAUGGGUACCAUAAGAGUUUAGUACAAGACUUUUAGGUUGGGCUGUGCAUUAACAAAUGACCCUACUCAAGUAAGGCAUUAAGAUGUCUUUACAGUGUACAUUACUUUCUGCCACCAAGCCAAGAAACUUGUUAAAAGGACAAAAAUGUAUGUCCAUAUGUGUUCUCAUAGUACAAGACCAAGAAUAGCCAUGGUUUAAUUUGCUAUUUCCUAUAGAGAAAGGAAAAUGAAGAAAGAGAACAGGAGAAACUGUUUGCUGUCUACUGCUGUAAUUUAUUCAUUUGAUUGGUUUUUACCCAGAUUUGUUACAUUUAGAAGACCUAUGGGUAAUGGCAUAUUUUCUGAUGUUUAAAAAAUAAAUAAAUUAUAGAUCUGCACGGUGGGGUAUGGAAUUUAGAACAAUUUGGUCUUAGUCUCUGGAAAGAAUAAAAUGCUAAAAGGUCUUAGUUCAGAACUUGCCAAGUUAAUGUCAGAGUUACCUUUACAAGAAUGUUCUCAUCAGACAAAUAUACAAAGUGAAAACAUGACUUUUUUUUUUUUUUUUUUUUUUGGAGACGGAGUCUCGCUUUGUCACCCAGGCUGGAGUGCAGUGGCGUGAUCUCGGCUCACUGCAAGCUCCGCCUCCCGGGUUCACGCCAUUCUCCUGCCUCAGCCUCUCUGAGUAGCUGGGACUACAGGCGCCCGCCACCACGCCCGGCUAAUUUUUUUGUAUUUUUUUUAGUAGAGACAGGGUUUCACCGUGGUCUCGAUCUCCUGACCUCGUGAUCCGCCCGCCUCGGCCUCCCAAAGUGCUGGGAUUACAAGCGUGAGCCACCGCGCCCGGCCGAAAACAUGACUUUUAUAUGUAUAUGUAUCCUGUAUAUAGUAAUCUUAAAGCUUAAGUAAUCAAAUCAAUUAUCAUUAAAACAGCUCAGCAGCUACCUGAACCAUCUCUGUUUUAUUUUCCUCUAAAUGUUUUCACAUGUAAAUAAAAUGCUUCUUUGCC